AUGGCACGAUUUCCAGGCUCUUCAUCGGGUCACGGUGGUUUCCAAGCCGGCAUGAAUGGUUCUCCGAUGGAAGAUUUGACACCACUGGGUUCAGGUAUAUCGUUUGAUUCGGCUUUUGGGCAAGCUUACAUGAACAAUGGGACGUCAUUCGAUGUCAAGAGUAAAAAAAUGUCAACAGCACAUGGUUCGCAAGUCAUCAUUCAAAGUAAUUUGAAACCAACUUUGAACGAUCUAAAUCCUCCUAUGACUUCUUCGCAACUUCAGUACAGUCCUACGAUGUCUUUAAAAGGUGGCAAGGGUUCGAAUAAGGUGAAUAUCAUGGCUAGUCCAGUUCAGAUCAAGUUAAGUGAACCACCGGCUUUACGUGAGACUAAAGCCGUUAAGACAUCUAAAUCAAAGAAAAAUGGUGCUGGAGGAUCUGGUUCUAACGGUAAGAAUGAAAUGGUAUUCGUGAAUUACUCUGUGCAAGACACUAUAGAAACGCAAAAGAAGAAGAAGAAACAAUCUAAGAGGGAUCGAAUGCUGAGAAUUUUUACCGGAAAUAAUAACAGUGGUAAUAAUGACGGUAGGUCAGCUUCCAGUCCCGGUUCGAGUUCGACAAUCAUAGCUAGUAAAACUUUGACUGUUCAGUCUGCACCGGCAUCUGCCGCCAAGAGAACUUAUGGGUCUUUCUUGAAAUGCCACAGGUAUAACCCAAGCAAUGCCGUUGUUGAAUCUGAGCAAAUGGAUGAAAUAGUUCCAAGAUCUGAACCUAUUCCAAAUGGACAAAAACCUGCUUUGACAAGAUCUGCUAGCUCUAACGUGGCUUUGGUGAGAAACAAUGGUAGAUGCUCUUUAGCCCAAUCAGCUCAGAAAUUCGUCAAAAGCGAACAAUUGGAAAAGAUGGACUUGCUGAAGUUUAAUAUAGCUAAAUCAGCAGGUAAUGGAGCUCAAACUGCAAGUGGUCAUGCUAACGCGUUACAAAACACAAAGAGUCAGUCGAAUAUUGAGUUGCGAAUGGUUCCAACCCUAAAGUUAGAGCCAAAUGGGCCAUCAACUUCCUUGUCCAACAUUCCAGGAGCCCUAAUGCAAAUUAAACCAAAUGCAUCCAGUCAUUCGGGAAACUGUGAUGAGGAUGACGAUGGUGACGACGACUUUGAUCACCACUACAUGGAACCAUAUCAGGACACUGAACGUAUUUCAUCGGUUCCAUCGUUACACCAAUCCGAUGUAUCAUCAGAUACACUAUCCACAUAUUUCACUGAUGAGAACGAUGCUUCUGUGGCAUUCAGUAAAUUAUUCACGAGGAAAAGAACAAACACUGGCGGGUCCAUAAGUUCUCUUCUCUCAUUGUCGGCGACACAACCUUCUAUCCCGGCUUUAGAUAGACAUCAAAGUAGUACUUCGGUUACUUCCUCUAUGCGUUACUCGCCAAUACGGUCCGGUUCUCAAAACCGAACAAGAUCGAAUACUAGAACUUCCAACCAUAGGCUUUCCAGAGAUUUAACUAGUUUACAAACUUCUAUGAAGAUUUCUAAUACUGACAGUUCUGAACUGCCAGGUAUGGAAUCGUAUUUGGACACUCAUAACAAGGGAAAUAAGCCAACCCAUAGGAAAAAGCAAGAAUCGAUAUCAGAUAUGGCAAGGUUGCAUUCUGCACAAGGAGCAGUUAUGAAUUACGCUUGUACAAAUAGUAUCACCUCCAUCUCUUCCUCGUCUUCUACUCCUGGAACUGCAGAUAGUGCAUUGAUGCAAUUUCCUAAACCGAGAUCCGUCAAAGAGAAUUCUGAGGAUGCAGACAUGCUUGAAGAUGAUGGCCAUCUUUACUUCAGACCAACGAUUCAUGAAGAUGAGGAGUAUGAGUCUGCCAUGAAUACAAGUGCGUCAAGCAGCCAUAUUGGAAUAUCAUCCACAUCCACAAUUUCUACUAGACAAACAGCCCCUGAGCUGGCGGACGCUAAUUCUUACCCCUCAUUUAUGGAAUCUAAGAAUCCUCUUGCAGAGCAUCAACAUCAUCUACCCGAUAUCAAUACGAACAGCGAGAUGGUUUUGCAUACCAAGCAAAUGGGUACAGAAUAUGGUAACGAAUCAUUCAAUAAUUACAUGGACUUUAACUUCGAAGAUUUAGCUCCAUCGCAACUAUUUAAUGAUAACGGAAAUUUGUUACAUCAAGUGUUCAAUAGCUCCAAUAAUGACACAUCAACCAUUACAUCAGGUAUGAACGUCUCACCUAUUACAGUUACAGGUGGGAAUACCUCACAGGAUGAGGUCACUACCUUAAUGCCUUCCAGUCAUCAAAUGCAUAGUUCGAACUUAUCAUUUCAGUCACGUAUUAUGAAUGAUAUUGAUCGUCUGGCACACGGAUUUAAUCUUUCAGAUCUGCCAAAUGAGUAA